AGUGGUGUGCCGCCGGGCGACUUGAGUACUUGACCGCGCUCCUGCUCAGGCCGCCGGUCGCUCUUUUGCUCUCUCGCUUCGCCGCCGGUCGUCGAGACGAGAGUGGCCGCCGCCUGAAUUCUUCCUAGCCGCUCAACCAACCAUCGAUGGGCCAAGAACAGAGCCAGCCCGACCCGGCGGUGGGGAAGCCUUCUCCGCCGGCCGCCGACCCCGCGCCGGCGCAGUCCCCUGCCCCGGCGCCCUCCUCCCUCGAGGAGCUCGCUGCAGAGGCUAUGUCGUUUAGUGAGGAUGAUGAGUCAAUUGACGUUAAGGUACAGAAAGCUCUGGAUUGUCCGUGCGUGGCUGAUUUGAAAACUGGACCUUGUGGCAGUGGAUUUGUUGAUGCAUUUUCCUGCUUCCUGAGGAGCACAGAAGUAGAGAAGGGAUCAGAUUGUGUGCAGCCCUUCAUCGCGCUGCAGAACUGCAUCAAGGAGAAUCCAGCGGCAUUUUCUAAGGAGAUAUUGGAAGAGGAGGAGAAGGACGAGGAGGCUGAGAAGUCCAACCUGCAAGUUAGAGCUCCAGCAUGGUCUAGAGAAUCCAAAUCCAAACCAAAGCUUUGAGAUCCUGUGGUAUUAAGCUGACAGCCUGAUACAGAGAUUACCCUGAUUCGCACUCUUCACCUUGUUUCUCCUAUAAAUUCUUCCGUUAUAGGCAAGAAGAUUAAGCAUCCAGGAUUCUUCGGCAGAAAUAAGCACAGUUUGUGUGGUAGAAAUAUUUCCACUUUUUUUUUUUGGAGAACAUUACACGUUUUUAUGAAACUGGAAAACUUGUAUUCUAGAGACUUCAGUUUCUGAACGGAUUAGACGAGCUGGUUUGAUGUCCAAAGGAACUACUGUAGAUUCCAUGAUUGCUGUCAGCCCAUUAUACGGAAUCCAUGGACCUUGUUAA